AACAACAUAAAAAGGGACCAUACCAUAGGGUUAUUGGUCAAUCACAAAAGCAGAACGAGCUCCUAGUACGAAUUGUUUGGGUACUUAGAUUGCUGAAAGGGAAGAUUCUCUGGUACACAACCACCGUACUUUGCCUGAAGCGCUAUGAAGAGCUGGCUGGUCUGUUUCAUUCCAUUUCUCCUAUGGAUAUGCUGUGCUUCCCAAAAUGUGUGUGAAGAACCACCUGAUAUUGACUUUGGGGAGAUUGUAAGUGGUGGUGAUAAAGCUGAAUAUCGGACAGGAGACAGAAUACAGUAUAGGUGCUACCCUGGAUAUACCUUGGAAGGGUCUGAAUGGAUAACAUGCAGACACAAGUGGAUACUUCCACCAAAGUGGACAUUUCCACCGAAGUGUUUGGCACCCUGUAGAAUCACAAAGCAACAGCUGGAUGCCAAACACUUGAUUUUCCCUGGUGGCCGAAGCUAUUCAAGGUUUAUUCAAAAUGGCUAUUCAUUGGAAUUCCUGUGUAGAGAAGGAUAUGUCCUCACAAAUUCUUCAGUGGGGCAGUGUGUUGAUGGGCAUGUGGAUCUGCCAUCAUGUACCUCUGCUGGUAUCACUACAGGUCUUGAAGAAGGAUGUAGUCGCCCACCUUCGAUUGAAAAUGGAGACAUUCUGGACAUGCCCUUGACACGAUACAUAUCAGGUGCAACAGUGAAAUACAAAUGCCAACGCUUAUACAUAAUGAGAGGAUCUCCAGUAGUGAGCUGUAAUAAUGGCGGCUGGACAGAAACACCAGUAUGCUUAGAGGCUUGCACAGUAACUGCAGAAGAUAUGAAUCGUUACCAUAUCCAGAUGAGGUGGACAGCAAGAGAAAAAAUAUAUGCACAAUCUGGAGAUGUACUGGAAUUUUCCUGUAAACAGGGUCAUGAGAAGGAUCCAUCCUCCCCUUCCUUCAGACCAACAUGUGUAGAGGGCAAGUUGCAAUAUCCAAGAUGUGUUUAGUAGAGGUGUGUUGCACGAGAAGAAGCACUUUUUAACCACAAAUCUGAUCUUCAGAAGUCAUCGAUCUCCUAAUUUUAAUCUCAUAAUAUCAAAUUGCUUUUGCAAAUAUAUAUUUUGAUUCUGUAGCUGUUAAUCGAGUUCUGCUAAGCCCAAGGAACCACUGAAUAGAGAAAAGCUCAGAGCAGACAGGAUACACCAAACUAGAAAAGUCCAGUUCUGUGCAAGCUGUUAGCAAUUUUUGCUGAAGCAAAGUGACAGCCAGUAUGAGAUCUUGGCACCUGAAGUGAUGAUAAGGAUGAACAAAACAUACCUGAUAAGAGGCUGAGAAGAACCAUCCACAGGCAGCACAUCAGAUGGUAAAAUCAUAACAUGCUGAUAUGGAAUGACCCCAUGUGACUUAAGUGGAUUAUGUGACAGUGGAAGGCAAUAGCAAUAUGCAAGGACACCAGUUACAUUUCCUCCAGAAAAAGGUCUGGUGCCCAUCUUUGGUCUAGCAGCCAUAAAUAUCAGAUACAGUCUAGGGUUAUCAAGAGAAGCACAAGAGAGAGAGAAUAAAUUAUGCAUGCACACAAAUUGUGACUUCGUCAAUUAUUCUUGUUUUUUGGUUCACAUGUCUUGAAUAUUCUUUUAUUCACGUUGCAUUUCCUUUCUUCUCACAAUGUCCAGGAAUACCUGUCCAGUAGUCACUGAAGAUGAUACUAUCAUUUUUGUAUUCUCCAAAGUGUAUCAAGUGUUUCAAUAAAAGGUUUAAUUCAUUUCA